UCUGAGCGGACGCCAUCUUGGUUUUGCAAAUCAAUAAGAGAGUUUUUUAGAUCUUUUUUAUCGGGUUUCUCAUUGUUUACUUCUUAAUUCGUAUCUUUAGAAAUGUCUUUUCAACCGGGGGAUCUCAUUUGGGCGAAAAUGAGGGGCUAUCCUCACUGGCCUGCUCGAAUUGAUCUUCCAGCUGCUAAUGAAAAGAUUCCAGCUAAGAAAUAUCCUAUCUUCUUUUACGGAACACAUGAGACAGCUAUAAUGCAGGCAAAGGAUUUAUUUGAUUACGAGAAACACAAAGACAAAUAUUCCAAACCAUCAACCAGAAAGUUUUUCAGUGAAGCACUGGAGGAGAUAGUGGAGGACCCUAAGGUCCGAUACGGUCUGCGUGGGGUGCCUGUGGAAUCUGAAUCUGAGGAGAGCUCUGGGUCUGAGGAUGAGGAAAAUGAAGAGGAAGAAGAAAAAGAAGAUACCAGUAAUAAUCAGAAACCGGUACAAGGCAAGCGUAGAAUAAGCACAGAAAAUAAAACACCAGCAAAGAAAAAAGCAAAGACAAGUAAAACAGAGGAAUCGGACAAUGAAGAGCCUGUAGACUCAGAUGAAGCAGAAGAAAGCUCCGAAUCAGAAGGAGAGGAGUAUGUACCCGAACCCAAAAGCAAAAAGAAAAAGGAAACACAGCCCAAAACUAAAGCCACAAAAAGUAAAGGCAAACCUACCCCCAAGAAAUCCAAGAAAAUGAUAAGUAGUGACGAAAGCAGUGACGAUGAUGAAGAUGAAAAAGACGACGAGGACUCAAGUAAAAAAGUAGAAAAAUCUAAGAAAUCCGAUUCUGAAGAUAGUUUGUCAUCAGAAGAGGAAAAGAAAAGUAACAAAUCAAGUGAGGAGAAAAAUGAAUUAAAACCAAAGCAGUCGUCAUCAGACAGAAAGACUAAACAGAAGGAUGAAGAAAAUGACAGCAGCGAAGAAACAGAUGAAGACAAAAAGAGAAAGAAAGAAGAAAUGGAAAGAAGAAAACAGGAAAAACUGGAAAAGAGAAAGGAGGAAUUGAAAGAGAAGAAAAGAAAGGAAAAACUCGAACAGAAGAAAGGGCUUUAA